UCUCAUUGGUAGCCAGCUCCGAGGCUUCACCUCCUCUUUUCAAACGGAAUUAAAAGAAAGGCUGGAGAGCCUAUCGGUGCGCGCCGGCCCGCUCCCCCUCCCUCCCACCGCCAUGCUCCAAAGUUGGGCCACUUCAGCUACUCCAGGGAGGUUAGCAAAACCAGCAGACCUCUGAGUGUGUCGAGGCAAACAUCUAAACAUCAUCCACCUUCAUGCACUUUUUUCUCUCUGCAUACUUUGUGUAAAACCCACUGCACUCUUUAGGUUUUUUUUCUCCAAAGCGCGCCUGAACGCACAAGUGUGUGUGACUUUUUUUGGUCUAUUUUCUGAGCUUGUUAUUUACUUCUGUGUUUCUGGAAUCUCUUUUUCGUGCAUGGCUUUUUAAAACACUGGACCUGUUGUAGUUGUAGUUUCCUCUGGCUAAAGCGAGACUGGACCUAUCUCUUUUAACAUCACUAGGGACUAUUAAAUAUUUUUAGAGUAGCUGCAAUGGCUACUUUACCAGGAACGGUUCCUCGAAUGGUUCGGCCAGCACCGGGCCAGAACUACCCCCGCACUGGAUUUCCCCUGGAAGUGUCCACCCCGCUGGGGCAGGGUCGAGUGAACCAGCUCGGCGGCGUGUUCAUCAACGGGAGGCCUUUACCGAACCACAUCCGACACAAGAUCGUGGAGAUGGCGCACCACGGCAUCCGGCCCUGCGUCAUCUCCCGGCAGCUGCGCGUUUCCCACGGCUGCGUCUCCAAAAUCCUGUGCCGCUACCAGGAGACGGGUUCGAUCCGGCCCGGAGCCAUAGGAGGGAGUAAACCCAGGCAGGUGGCAACACCCGACGUGGAGAAAAGGAUUGAGGAAUACAAGCGUGAAAACCCGGGCAUGUUCAGCUGGGAGAUCCGCGACAAGCUGCUGAAGGACGGAGUGUGUGACAGAAGCACGGUUCCUUCAGGUGAGGCCUCAUCUGUGAGCUCCAUUAGCCGGGUUUUGAGAGCACGGUUUGGAAAGAAGGAUGAUGAUGAUGAUUGCGAUAAGAAGGAUGAAGAUGGAGAGAAGAAAACGAAGCACAGCAUCGACGGCAUUUUGGGAGACAGAGGUCACCGCACAGACGAGGGUUCGGAUGUGGAGUCGGAGCCAGACCUGCCUCUGAAGAGGAAACAGAGACGCAGUCGCACCACGUUCACCGCCGAGCAGCUGGAAGAGCUGGAGAAGGCCUUCGAGAGGACACACUACCCCGACAUCUACACCCGAGAGGAGCUGGCCCAGAGGACCAAACUCACUGAGGCUCGCGUACAGGUGUGGUUUAGUAACCGACGAGCCAGAUGGCGCAAACAAGCAGGAGCCAAUCAGCUGGCAGCGUUUAACCACCUGUUACCUGGAGGGUUUCCUCCUACUGGAAUGCCAACACUGCCAACCUAUCAACUUCCAGAGACCACCUAUCCUAGCACCACCCUCUCCCAGGAUGGCAGUAGCACAUUGCAUCGACCUCAGCCUCUCCCACCCUCCUCCAUGCACCAGGGCGGGCUCUCGGCCGACAGUAGCUCCGCCUACGGCCUCUCGUCCAAUCGCCACACCUUCUCCAGCUACUCGGACACCUUCAUGACCCCGUCGGCUUCGAGCAACCACAUGAACCCGGUCAGCAACGGGCUCUCCCCACAGGUGAUGAGCAUCCUGAGCAACCCCAACGCCGUGCCCUCUCAGCCACAGCACGACUUCUCCAUCUCGCCGCUCCACAGCAGCCUGGACGCCUCCGGCUCCAUCUCGGCCAGCUGCAGCCAGCGCUCGGACCCCAUCAAGAGCGUGGAGAGCCUGACCUCGUCCCAAUCCUACUGCCCUCCCACUUACAGCGCCACCAGCUACAGCGUGGACCCCGUUACAGCCGGCUACCAGUACAGCCAGUACGGCCAGAGUGCAGUGGACUACCUGGCUAAAAACGUCAGUCUGUCCACCCAGAGGAGGAUGAAGCUGGGAGAUCACUCAGCAGUACUCGGGCUGCUGCAAGUGGAGACGGGACAGGCCUACUGAUCAUCUAAUACACACAUACACACACACACAUACACACACCCUUACACACACACACCAGCAUCCGGAUCUGCUUGGAAUUCUAUAACGUGUGUGUGCGUGACACUUACAGCCUGUUGUCCCUGAUGUUUAAGUGAGAACUCGUCUGAUAAAGUGGACAAGGCUUUUAUUUCCGGCUGCGUCUCUUCCUGUAUAUAGUCAUCUAUGAAGUCCAAUGUCAUUAAAAAUUGUUAAUUUUUUUAUUAGUAUUCUUCUGAUAAUGAUAAUUCUCCUGUUUCUUGUUGUUGUAAUUAUGAUUAAUGCCUUUGUUUUUGCUCUGAAACACAAUAGCGACCAGAUCUCAUUCAAAAAUUCAUCAAAUUAUUUUACGAUUUAAACAAACAUCAUAAUAAUAACGAUGAAGUUGCCAGAAAAGUUAUGAGCACUAAUCCCUUCAUUCCUUCAUUCUGUCUGAAUUUGUGUUUGUCAGACCGUAACAUUCCUUUCCCAUUCCCAGUUUUGAAAUCUGUAGUCUUAAUGUGAAACGGUGCAUGUUGCGACCAUUUUGUUUCUCCCCGAGCUGCUGUGUGUCCUGAGCGAUUUGAGCUUUCAUAUUUCACUUUACAUUCCAGAAGAGCUUGGAAAGUCUGACUGAGGACGUUCUCCUGGGAACUGACGUCAUCACUUGUGAGACAAAUGUUCUCUUCACUCUUCUCCCUUAGGAAAGAGGAUUUGGGGGAUAUUUGUGAGGUCCUAUGGACAACCAAAGUCUUUCAAUCCAUCCCUAAGCUCUUAAAAUUAAAGACUUACCUCAAGCGAAGUUAAACAGGAAUCUAUAUAUGUAGUACAUGUAGUAAAAAUUCCAUUUUGAGAGAAACAGAACCUGCUUUCACCUCCUAAAGACUCAGAAGCACUUUGCUCACACAGCAGAUGAAGGACUUUUGUGUGCUACACCCAACUUUGACUACAUCAACUACUAUUACUGAAUUAUUACACUGCAGUUCCUUCCUGGAUUCUUCCUUUGUAUAAAUAGUGAAACUGCUUUGUAAUUUCAUACAGCACUUUUCAUUAUCAGCAACAACUUGAGUGAAAAGUAAAAUCUUAAAAAUAUUUACACCAGUUUCAGAAGUUUCAGGCACGAUCUCCACGAGUUUGUGUAAAACCUGACAUUAGAUCUAAUCCAUCGAUAGAGAUAAGAUUAGAAGAAAAAAUCUGAUCUAUUGUACAAAAGAGUUCACGUGAUCAAUAUCACACAUUUGCUGCAUUUUAAAUAACGACACAGAAAUAGUGCAGAAUCUUCAAUACUGAAUAUCAAAAUAUUGAACGUUGUUUUGAAUUUUUUCAAAAUUCUGAAACUUUGUGUUUAUUUCCAAUUUUCAAUUAAGCAGAUAAUCCUAAAUUUUUAAUGUGGUCUUAGAUAUUUGGACCUGAUGUAAUAAUAAAAUAAACGAAGUCUACACGUUUUGGAACAAACACCUUUACUCGUGUGGUGUUUGGAUCAUGGAGGAACGUCGGAGCGUUCCACUUCUCCAUGAUGAUCCGAGUCCCUCAGGCUGCAGCGUUCACACACAUUUCCACAAAUCAGAUCAUCAUCUCAGUCGCUAAAGGGCACAGGUGAAAGCGCAACAUCACAUUCUCGCUUUUUUCUCCUCUCUUUCUUUUCAUUUCCUGCACUGUCGCCUUCCCGUUCUUCACUCUCACUCUUUCUUUAACUAACGACGGUCCGAUCCCACACACCGCAUUUAAAUCAUUCCGAUCUUUGACCUUUGACCUUUGUAUAUUCCAGCGUAUUUAGUUGCCCAUGAAGGAAAUUGUACAGUAAAACACGCAGAUUGUAUUGUUUGUUUAUAAAGAGUAUGUUUUAUACUAAACCAAAAAAAAAGAUGUUCGAUAGUAGAUGAAACAAGGGAUUUUUUUUGUCUUUUUCUUUUUACAUUUACUUUACUUUGCUUUUUAAUUGAUAUGUAUCAUUUUACAAAAUACAGUACUUUGUCAGUGUGUUUUUUUUUUUUUUGUUCUUAUCUUUUGUUUCUGUAAUGAUGGAAAAAAUUGCUAUAACAUGAAACUGCAUUCCAUAAAUUCCCAAAAUAAUUGUGAAAUAUAUACAGUAUAUAUUAUAUUUGACUCUUCCUAACCACUACACAAACUGACAUCGAAUAUGUGGAUGAUAAAAAACUGAACUUUUUCAGUUUGCAGAUGUGAGAGGUUUUUUUUUUUUUUUGAACAGAGACGUUUGUUCGAUUGUUGUUGAAUACAUGUGGUUGAAAAACACAGCCAUGCUCGGUGCUACUGCGGCUCCAGCACUGAACGACUCCUCAUGAAGCCUCAACAUAUCAAGACACUGCGAGUAGCUGUUGACCGUUUAGAUGAUUCCUUUGCCCCUGACUGUGUACAUUUUAUAAAUAAACAGAGAAUCGACUCUUAGCAUAGACCAUCCGUGGCUAACGUGCGCUAAUCGACAUUUGGAUAUUAAAAGUGUAUCUAUUUCCUCCUGAACCCCUGAAACCUUAAACUGAUCACUUAGGAUUUGUGUUUAUGCUUUCUUCCUUUUCUGUUUAGCAUGUGUGUGUGUGUAUGUGUGUGUGAGUGUGUGUGUGUGUGUGUGUGUGUGUGUGGGAGAACAUUCUCAUGGUAUAAUUUAUUCUGCUGUAUGAUGUAGUAGAUUAGUGUGAAACUUGUAUUUGGUAUUUACUACUUUGGUGUCUUUCCUGUAACA